UUUCAAUUUCAAACGGUUUUUAUUUAGUGUUCUAUGGCGUGUGUCAAAUCAUAAAACUUUUAAAAGAGUAUAUUUUCUUGCAAUAAUGUCAAUUUUUAAUGAAUUACUCCCAAAACUUACUGAAAUAUCUAAUGCAUAUAUUAAAAAUUUUAAUGAAGAUCUGAAGGAAAUUUUGGAAAGUAUUGAUAAAUUCGAAAAGGAGUAUUUGAAUGAUCGUGGACGCGCACGAGAGAAGGGAGGGAAAGAUAAAAAUUUGACGACUCUCGAAAGCAUUAACGAAGACGAAGAUGAAUGCAUGAAAGUCCCAGAAUCAGAUCAAACUACACGCAGAUCCAGUGUUAAAUCCGACGAGACCAGUAAUUCUAGCAACAUUAAUGGAGAUGAAACACAGAGGCUGUCACAGAAGCGCAGUAAAAACGAAGUUGAUGGCCUCUCCAGCCCAGAGCAGGAUAAGAGGCAGAAGCGUAAUGCUUCUGUUAAAGCACAGAGCAUUAUUAGUAAACAGGUGAAUGUAAAUUUAACGCAAAAAUUGCGUCGCGAAGACACCUCCGACAAAUCGCAGUCGCGUAAUCGGCGUCGCAAAGAUGAAGAAAACAAAGAAAAUGAAGUACCACUCCUAAAUAUUCAAAUUAAAGAAGAAAAGAUGUCAAUGCCGCCGGAACCAAUGGACACAGAAUCUUUGCCAGUUGACAUUGGGAUCAAGCAGGAAGUACGCGAUGAUGAAGUUGCCAUGCCUCCGCCAACGGCACCUGUGCCCAAACCCCGCAAAGCAGGAAAGGAGAAACCACCCCAAGAGGACUUUGAAGAGGAAAGUUCAGGCAGAAGGAGAACCACUAGAAACAGGAAACAAACGGACACAGUGCAACCACCUGCGGCGGCGCCCCGGUCCCGAUCGACCCGCGCCAGCUCCCGCGCCGCGCGGCCGCCGCCGGAGCCCCCGCGGCCUCACACGCCGCCCGCCGUGCAGCCGCCCGCCGUGCAGCCGCCCGCCGUGCAGCCGUCCGACAUGCAGCCGCCGCAGAUACCCGAAGUCAGGCCGAAACGCACCAGGGCUCGAAAGAAGGUAUCCGAGGUUACGACUGACUCCGAAAAGAACACUACGCAAUCGACGCAAGUAGACGAAACAGCGUCGCCGGCAGAUAAACGACCCAAGAGAACUAGGAGAGGGCGAAAAGCAACUGACAAACAAGAAGCCCCAAAACCAGACCCAAUAAUAACUCCAAAAGAAGAGAUAUUGUCCCAGCACGAAGCUCCCCAAUCGCCGAUUCUGCCGCACAAGAAAACUAACCUUCACAAAGAGGCUUUAAAGAACAAUAUCGAUACAGAUUCAGAAAUUACAAAUAAAACUAAUCACAAAAUUAAUGGUGUAAAGUUGAAAUUGGUGCUGCAGAGCUCGGAAGAAGACGGUACGACGAUGAAUGAGACACAUGUGUUGCCAAAUGCAAUAGUACCAAUAAACGAUAUGGACAAAACAGUUGUAUUGCCGAAUGGACUGUACAACCAUGCGCCGGUCACGCCCAAGGAUAUUAAUAUAAACAUGAAUGCCACAGUGGUGUUGGAAACAUAUAACCGUGAAACAAUGGUGUUAGAGAAACAUACAGCUGUCAUGGACGCUACUGUAGUCAUUGAUAAGGAUCCUCCAGCAACGAAUAUAACCGAAGACAAUUCAAUACUUACUGAUGACAACAGCGAUGUACAAGAACCACAGACGCCUCGAAAACAAGACAUACCUAAAGUGCAACCUACAUCUGCUGUGAAAGAGAAGGUGCAACAGUUUGAAGAGCUAGCGUCGAGAGUGACAAGGACAAAAACGAGAGCAAUGGCUAAAAAGGAGGAGAGCACGGAGAACCAAACGCCACCGGACAAAAUAUCAAAGCCAGUACUCUCAGCGGAGACUCUCAGCAAAAUGAACAGUUUGAUAUUUAAUGGGAAAGCGCCACAGGUAUCAAGUUCUGCCACGAAACCUCGCGCUAAUGUUUCAUCAGUAAAAUCCUUCAUCCCUGCCUCCACAUCAAAAUUGAGCGCGAUUAAUAAAGCCAAAGAAAAGGAGGCCGCAGAGGAGAGCUUGAAGAGGGAGAAAGAGGAUGCUAGAAAGAAGAAGGAAGCGAUGCUGGAGGCUAAAAGGGAGCAGCAGAAGAAGAAGCGCGAGGAGAAGAUGGCGGCGGCGGCGGCGGCGCGGUGGCAGGCGGAGCGGUCGCGGCUGGCCGCGCUGCAGGCGGCCGACCGCGAGCGCCGCGACCGCCAGGCGCACGCCGACCAGGGCCGCCUGCACCGCCUCAGGGAGGCCGAGCGGAAGAAACAAGAACUAGCCCGCAAAGUUUUAGAGACAGAAGAGCGUAGAAGAGCAGAAGAGCACGCUCGGCAACAGAGGCUGGAGGAGGAACAGAGACGAGCGGACGCCGCCAGGCGCAAGCAGAUCGAGGAGGCAGAGGCCAUGAAGAAAGAAGCGGCAAUAAUGGCGAAAGAGAUAGAAAAACGACAAAAAGAAUAUAUUGAGAAGCAGAAAAUCAAACAUAAACUGGAGUCUGGUAAGUUGCAUACACCAUUGAAGGCUCCGAGCACACCUGGACACCCAUCCUCGCAGUACCAGAUGGAUCCAGUAUACAUGGCAGACGGUUUCCAGUACCUCAACUCGGAUGAGGAGGCCGAGCCAGUCGAAAGGCCAAUACCGGCCUGGUGCACCUCCAAGGCGCGGCGCGCGCAGCUGGCGGUGCAGGCGCGGCUGGCGGCGGCGGCGGUGGACGCGCUGUUCUCGGUGCGCGUGCACUGCCCCGACCUGCGCGCCAUGUUCCCCGCCAUCGAGCGCGCGCGGCUCAAGCGCACCUCCUCCGCCGUGUGGCGCACGCCGCCGCGCCUCGCCUCGCUCGCCUCACACGCCUCGCUCGCACAGUGACCGCGCACAGAUUCGAAAUAUUACAAGUGGAUCAAGAUAUCCCUGGUCGCUGGCGGCACAGUGUAAAUAUCUAAUUAUCACAAUAUAAUGCAUAAACGAGUAUUAAACAUACUAUGUCGUCACUAUACUAGUGACGACUCCGGGCCAACAUUAACUAGAUAUUUGUAGCUAGAACUAAAUGUAAAUAUAACAAUGGCUCACUAGUUACUUUUAUGCAUUAAAAUAAAAAAUUUCAACACAAAUAUGUUUCUCUUCGCAUAUUUAAAAGGGGACUUUGUUGAAAUUAAUUAGAACUGUAGAUUUUAAUGCAACCAUUGAAAAAAAUAAUGAAAAAAAUUGUCAACGUUAUUGUCUAUGGCAAAUGGACUUUAUUGCCAUAUAGGUAUUAAGAGGUUUGUUUGAAUCAAAACAUGUAAUGUUCCAUUGUGUCUGCCUACCCCCCUAAUGGGUGACAGGCAGUGAUAAAUAUAUAUGUAUGUAUUAAUAAUAUCAUAUAUGUAAAAUAUUAAACGAAUUCAAUAAAUUUCAGUGUUUGCUUUUAUAUUUUAAUAAUAUAAAAGUUUACAUUUUCGUGUAUUUGCAAAAUUCGUGUUUAAUAAACGAGAGAAAACUCGACUUUUUAUAAAAUAUCCAGGUAUCAAUAAAAUUUCAUAAAAAUGUAAAUAAAGAAAUAAUUAAACCGACACUAACAUAGUCCACUGAUGUCCAAUGAAAGUGCAGGUAAAUAACUUUUUCUACAAAAAAAAACCUUCAACCAGUUAUUUUGAUUUAGAAUUCAAACAGUAAAUAAUAUAAUAAAUAAAAACAACAAUUAUUUUACACUAUAGAAAUAAUAUAUGAAAUGUUCUAACUAGAUAUAUUGUUUGGCGAUUGUUUAAUAUAGCUCAAUACCUAGUUAUUGAUAGUGUUAAUAAUUUUCAAAUACAAAAUAUUAUAUUAAAUACGAGUGCAUUAAAAAUAGUAGUAAUAUAUUAGUAUAAAUAUAUCAGCGUUAUACAGGAAUUUGAAAUCGUUUGUGUCAUUUUUAAAGGUAUUGCAAGUGAAACUGAACAUUUUCAUAAAAGAAAAACAGGUUGAAAAACUAUAAAUAAAGCUUCCUGUUGUUAAUAUGGGAGUAUAAAAACGACAAUUUUUUUUUUUCUUUUUUUUUUUGUUUCACGAAAUUUAUAUGCUAAGGAAGAGUAGAUUAGUUUUAUCAACUUUUAUUGUAAACGAUUUCACCUGUAUAUUGUUGUACUUGGUUAGGCGUUAUUUUCACUGCGUGUGAUUCUUAACCCUUAAAAGCCUGAUUUUUUAAAUCAAAUUAAAAAAUAUAUAAGUGUACCCUUUACUGUGUUUACUAAUGGGGAAAAAUAGUAAAAAAAAAUCAAAACGAUAUUUUUAUAUAUUUAUUUUGAAAAAAAAAAAAACAUUUGGUAACAUGUAAACAGCCAAACAUUAAAAUAAAAUCGAUUGUAGGCGCCCAAUGCGAUUUAUAACCCCGUUAUCAAAUUUGAAACUUCAGGUAUUUAAGGGUUAAUUGGUCUAAUUAUUCAGCUUAAUUUUUCCUCGAUAUACAUUUUAUUCAAAGUUGCCUUUUCCAUAUUUUAAGGGGUAAAUUGUCAAGAUCAUGUAGUUUUGUGUAUUGCUAACAUCACGAUUGUUUUGUGACUUGUUCACGUGUUUUAGAUUAAUUUUUAACUGUAAGACUGUUAUAAUAUAUCGACAAUAAGUUAGUAAUAAAAUUUUACAAGGAGUA